AUGCGUCGCAAAGCCAGGAGGACUAGUAGCUCGUCGAUCUCUACAGCUCAGGUAAGAGUGUUGUCCUCUUGUCCACCACCAGUUGUUGAGCGGCACACAGACGCGCCCACAGCUACCCUAGCUCAGAUCCGUCAGUUCUACAGCCGACAUGCGCCUCUGUGCGACGGAGAGAAGUUCCUGCACAUCCGGUUCUACGAACGCGAAAAGGACUACGCGGUCGCCUCACGGUGGACGAGGCUGCUAGGGGCCAAGGCGAAGACCCUGCGUCAAGUCGUGCACAGCGAGUGGCUGCGCGACUGCCUCGAGAAGCUAGAGCCGUUCCGCGCUCUAUGGAUGGGCUUUCAGCUCGGCUCGUUUCCGCUCAUCCUAAGCUGGCGGUGCAGACAGUUCGCCGCACGUCAGAUCUUUCCCCGCGCACGUGAUCCUGGGGUACGCGCUCAGAUCCUCGAAAGGGUCCUUGCUGUCCAGGGGCUUAUCCUUACUUUUCAGACCUUCUUCAAGCAUGUCAAGAUACUCGGAGCUGUGAUGCUCCCUUUGAGGGCGCUGUUCUCAGCAGGCGAGCUGUGUCCUCCGAGAGACGAGUUCAGCCCAGUGCCCAGACGCUUUCCCUCGGUGAGAGACAUCCUGCUCCAGCAUCGCCGCGAGCCACCUGCGCACAACGACCGACAGUGCCUGCUGCAAUACAGCGAUCACGACGAGCGCUUCUUUGAGUGCAGCAACUCCGGCCUGUACGCGUACUGGCAGCUCUGCCUCUAUCUGCUCCGCCACGCACACGACCCGUGGAAGCGUCCAAAGGAAACAUGCGACCAGGCAGCGUCGUCGGAGCGUCCUGGGUGGGUGAUUCGGCUCGGCCAGUUUGCGUGCAGGCUUGGAUUUGAGUCUGACCAGAUCUCGUCCCUGUGCAGUCAAGAUCCCGACCUUUCGGAGAUCCGCAUGCACAUGCUCGAGGAACGACCCAGCGUCCUCUUCUCGGCACCUGUCGACAGGUUCAACGCAGAAGCCGACUCGCGCCAAAAAGGCCAGGCGAUCUUCGAGCCUCGCCCGCCUGCGCUUACUCCUCUGAUGACGACCGACAGCGCGGCUGCAGUCCGGGCGCCCAGGAACCAUCCAGAACUGUUUCUUCCUACGAUAUGGAGCGCGCUUGCGCAAGAGCGAAGACACGCUCUGACGGAGUAUGGAGUGCUUGUGCUGACGUCCAUGUCUUUCUUUGAGAACUUUAGAUCGAGCUCUGUCGGCGACGUUCGCGAGGGCGCUGAACCGGCUCGGGCGCUGCUGCGCUCUUCCUCUGUCUACUCUGUGCCUGUGUAUCCCGACCAUCUAGCAAGAUCCCAUGGCACUAGCAUUACCUUUUGGCAUCUGCCCCGGCAUCGCGCCAUGCAUCCGAUCGCAGAACAUAGAUGCGACGCGACGAAGGAGGACAUCAAGAAAGCUGUUCGCAGUAUUCGCGCGCAGGGCGUGGCGCCUCUGUUCGCUCUGGUGGACAGCGACGGGCGGCUCAGGCUGUGCGACCCCUCGCAGAUCAUGCAUCGCCGCAAAAGAUCCAAGCAGCCGAACGAUGUGUACUAUGUGUUUGGCGAUGAAGACAGCAAGAUCUGGGUCAUGAAGAAGUUCGACAGCCACCGAACGUAG